AGGACGGCGGGGGCCGGGCUCUGGUCGUGCGGGUCUCACCUCCCGGCCCGCUCUCUCCUGUCCCGCAGCCCCGGCGGUCAGCACCGCGCGGCAGCCGCGCCAGGGCCGGGCUGCGCCGGCACCGCCGCAAAUGAAGUGCGAGAACUGCACCAAAAAGGAAUGCAGUAAAAAACAGAAGAAUGAUGAGACGACUGUUGAUGCAUUGAGUUCAAACGAUGGCUCUGAAGAGAAAAAUGACUUUGAUACAUUGGCUAAUGCUAAAAUACUCCUUAGCGACUGCCUAGCUUGUGACAGUUGCAUGACAUUGGAAGAAGGAGCCAGAGUUUUCCAACAGAAUCAGAAGGAGUUCUUUCGUAUUCUCAACCUUAAUAAGAAAUGUGAUACCUCAAAACACAAAGUGUUGGCAGUGUCUCUGUGCCCUCAGUCAUUGCCUUAUUUUGCUGCUAAAUUCAAUCUCUCUGUGAAUGAAGCAGCCAAGAGACUCUGUGGUUUCCUCAAAAGUCUUGGGGUGCAUUAUGUAUUUGACACCACUAUAGCUGCAGAUUUCAGUAUCCUGGAGAGCCAGAGGGAGUUUGUGCAGCGCUACCAACGGAGGAACCAGGAGGAACAUGCCUUACCAAUGUUUGCCUCUGCUUGCCCUGGUUGGAUCCGAUAUGCUGAAAGGGUACUCACCAACCUGGUGACCUCUCACAUUUGCACUGCAAAGUCUCCACAGCAGAUCAUGGGCUCCCUAGUGAAGGGCUACUUUGCCAGGCAGCAGAACUUGUCUCCUGAUAAAAUCUUCCAUGUAGUCCUGGCACCAUGUUAUGACAAAAAGCUGGAAGCCUUGAGGGAAGAUUUCUACUCUGCCUUGUAUAAUUCACCAGAAGUUGAUUGUGUCCUGACAUCAGGUGAGAUUGUCCAAAUAAUGGAACAGAAAAAUGUGUCUCUGAAAGAUGUGUCCGAAGUAGCUGUAGAUAGUUUGUUUGAUGACCUAAAGGAGGGAGAUGUAGUAAGGCAUGAUGGGAAGAGAUCUGAUGGUUACCUGGAGCACAUUUUUAAACACGCUGCAAAGGAGCUUUUUGGCGUGGAUGUCAAGGAGAUUACCUACAAAGCAUUAAAGAACAAGGACUUUCAAGAAGUUACCCUUGAGAAGGAUGGGGAGACAGUGCUGCGUUUUGCGGCAGCCUAUGGCUUUAGAAAUAUCCAAAACAUGGUCCUGAAGUUGAAAAAAGGAAAGUUUUUGUACCAUUUUGUAGAAGUCCUUGCCUGCCCAGGAGGGUGCCUGAAUGGCAAGGGCCAGGCCCAGAGUGAGGAUGGCAAACCAGACCGAGCCCUGCUUGCCCAGAUGGAGGAGGUGUACGCUGCCAUUCCCGUCAGGCUGCCAGAAUCCAACCUGCACGUCCAGAGGAUGUACCAGCACUGGCUGGAGGGCGUGGACUCCAAGAAGGUGCAGGACACUUUGCACACCACCUACAGUGCGGUAAAUCAGAGCCCCAGCAGCCUGGAUAUCAAAUGGUAACGAGCGCGGUGCAGAGCUGCGCCGAGGCUGCGGGGCAGCAGUGCGGCCCUCCGUGCAAUCGCAGCUCCCGGGCACCGGCGAGGGCGCGAGCGAGGCUCUGCCCAGCUCGGGAUUGCUCCCGGGGAGAACCAUUGCUUUGCACAGCCAGAGAAGUCUCCAAAAGCCCUGGUUCCUGCCAUUUCACUUGUACUGUUUGUCAUUUCCUGCGUCCAGUGGAUUUCUUCAUCCUAAAGCCUGAUCUUGCAAGGUACAUAAGCCCUUUCUGCCAGGGACAGGGAGUGUAAUUCCUGGUCAAGUUACUCCCUAAAGUGAAGAGUUCAUGAAAUGGGCUCCUCCAAGAGGGUGAGAUGAUUUUAUUUCUAGGUCUGCAGUCCCUAUCAUCACAGGAAAAGGCAAGAGGAAUUUCAGUAUUGAUGCAGUUGGUGUGAAGUAACUUGGGAUUUACUUACCUGUUAAAGGAAAAGGCCCUUUUAAAGGACAAGUGAGUACAUGGAGAGAUGUAAUGAAUUUCUAUAAGCCUUGUACCCAUAAUUCAGCAAAAAAUACUAGUUCUAAACUAGCCACCAUUUCUUACUGAUGUAGUGUCACAGAAUGAGUCACAGAAACUGAAUCUGGGAAGCUAAUGCUAAAUGGUUCAUUUAAAAUAGUUCCACAGAGGUUGGUUGUUACUAAAAGAGAACUUUAUUUCCAUGUAAGUUUUCGGCCAAGCUUGCAGCCAGGAGGAUUGGUGCUGCUUGCUUUGGCUUCUCUCUGAGAGUGGAACAUGCCCAGAUUGUUCUUUCAUUUGUCUCCAUGUUGAAAGACUUCUGCAAAAAAAAAAUCUUCCUGGGGUGCCUCUGAGAAAAAAUACUGAGCAAUGCUUGUGAGCUCAUCAGAGUUAGGGUACGUUGGCAUCAUGAAUUUCGAUGCACUUAUUUUUAUAAAUACGCUAUAGAGGUUCAUUUAACAGACAUUGUGAAGUGGUACUGCCAUGCAGCUUGUCUGCAACGUCCCCAGUUGUCAGAGAGUUAUUCAAGAACGUGAUGGACAAAAGAAAUAAAGACUCCUGCCAGACUUCUUCAGAUUUUCCUGAUAGCAUCAGAUCUGUUUGUGAUUAAUGGCUGUUUGAAGCUAGCAAAGUUCUAGCUUUCCUUAUGCAGCCUGAAAGUGUGGAUGGGCUUUUUUAACCAUUUCAUGCUGUUUGAAUGAAUCUUCUUGCAAAUUUCUUCAAUAUUACAACUGCUUGUGUGAGUAAGAAAUCUUGCAAAAAAACCUGUGAGUGUUUAAAAUGCACACAGUGGAAUGGGGUGAAGCAUCAGCAAAGGCAGGGCAAGACCUGGGAGGCUGAAAAGGAGAGAGACAGUGAAGUGUCACCCUGCUGACAAGAAAUAGCUCUCUUAUGUGGAACUGUUAAAAAUUGCAGCUCUCCAUUAAAUAACAAAGCACUGCACUUGGAGGGAGGUUUUCUUCGAAGUGCAAACAAAUUUGAUUUACUGCACUGUCUGAAUGCCCACAAUGAGAUUAUGCCCAUGAAUUGUAUAAAUUAGCCUCUGCAAGUUGUUCCUUGUGGUAAGAACGAUACUUAACGUGGUGCAAUAUGAGAACAUCGACAGAAAUCUACCUCUGUACGGGAAGGGAGUCCAGGAGUGGUGGGAAGAGCUGUGUGUAGCUGGAACUGUAAUGGAUGUCUGCUAGAGGGGUGGGGGUGUUGUGUGACAUUUUAGAACAGAUUACUUCCAGAAGCAACAUCCACCUCCUUCGGUCUGAUUUUCUCUAUCUGCCGUGAUUUCCUCCAAAAGCUCCACCAGAAUUCUGAUGGAAUAAAGUGGUCCUGCUCUGUUUGUAUAGGCCUGUUUCUCUGUAUAUAUGGUUUGUAGCUGGAUGCAUGUUUAAAUUAUAUCGCUGCUGCUCUUUGUACAGUGUGCUUAUUUUUUAAUGUGUGUAUACUGGGUGAAGUGGUACAAAACCAGUUCGCUUUUCUGAGGAAAUCUUCAGUAAACUACACAAGAGCUGCCUUGCUGUUCUGAAAGCAGAGCCCUGAAGUGUUUGUACAACAAACCCCAGGGCUGGGUGGCACUUUGUGCUUGCCUGCUGCACUCCCUGUGCUGCUGGAGGAGCCCAGGAAUGGGCUGGGCACUGGGUGGAAUGAAUCUGCUCUGCUCCCACUGCAAAGGAAAUGGGUGGCUCAGUGUCUAAAAUAACCUGUUUCAGCUGGAUCCACCAUCUCUUCCAUCUGCUCAAGGGUUUUAACCUAUUGAGGUAGUCACAGUGCAGAGUUGUUGAUGAUUUCUCUGCUGCAGAAUUCUUUUUUAAAGACAAGGAAGACAUUUAACUGAGCUGUAGUGGCUACACAGAAUGUAUUUAUCAUUAGUGACCUAAGUACCUGAGACUUGUCUUUUUUUUUUUUAGUCAGCUUUUGUUUUAUAAGACUUUUUGGAGUAAAAUGUUUUAGUUUUUUAAAGGCCUUUUCUUUAAAGUGCCAGUUUAAAAGGAAAGAAAAGUUCUAUCCUGUAACUCUUUCCACCUGUACCUGCUUUCAUUGAAAUUUUAACAUAUAUCAGAAAACCUUGUUGCAGCUUCAUAUUUAGUGAAAUACUCGCCUAAGGUUUGAGUCUGGCUUUUGAACCUGCAGUUGGAAAGUCCAUUGAUGUUGACAAUAUGUGUUUGUAGCCACAUUUCUGAAAUUACAGCACUAUUUAAUUCCCUGGUUCCCGAAUAAUUUCUAUUGCUGCCUUUUCGGCAGGAGGAAAAGCUCCUGACGUGGCCACAGCCAUUGUGCUUUACCUCUUCCUUGAAUGUUGUGCUGAGACAAGAGAAUCUUUAGAAAAUGUAAACUGGAGCGAUUGUGGGAAAGCAACUGGACACAGUAAAUGAAUUAAUAAAAUUGUCUUGGGAUGUUCUUGACUUGAGCAUGUCAGGUGCUGGAUUCUUGGGGUUGUGCUGCUUUGCUGUGAGGCUGCUCCAGCGUGUUGUGGAGUCCCUUUGCCUGGUGCAGGAGGUUUCCCUCAGCCACAGCCCCUGUGUGACCCCUGUGGCCAAGGAUCUGGGCUGUGCUGUCCCCCAGAGUAAUGCAGAUAUCCAAAUGCAGUCUCAGCUGGAUUAUACCUGGAUGAUGUUCAGUUACCCACAUUUUGGUGCUUUGUUCUCAACUGCAGCAUGAAUUGUGAAUAAAUCUCAGUACUCAA